UGACCUGGUUGGCCUCUAGGCUCCCUGUCUUUGUCCAACAUAGUAGAGAGACAAUGGAACCCCUCUAUCAGGCUGGGUCCAUUCUCAUGACGGUGAAUACCCUCCAGGGGAAGAAAAUGGUAGAGAGCGGCCUUCAGUCUGGAGACUUUUCCCUGUCCCAGUCAUGGUCCACCUGCCUCCCACCACCAGCCGACUUGGAGAUCCUGCAGCAGAAGGUGACCGGGGUGCAACGCGAGCUGGAGGACUUUAAGAAAGAGGCAUUGAAGUCCAUCCAUUACCUCGAAGAUGCCUUCUGCGAGAUGAAUGGAGCCCUGGUGCAGCAGGAGGAGCAGGCGGCUCGCGUGAAGCAGCGGCUCCGGGAGGAGGAGGACCGUGGCAUCGUACGUAACAAGGUCCUCACCUUCCUGCUGCCGCGCGAGAAACAGCUCCGGGAGCACUGCAAGCGGCUGGAGGAUCUGCUGCUGGACAGGGGCCGCGAUGCCCCCCGUGCCACCAAGAAGAGCCAGGCUGACUGAGCCUCGGGGGUGGCACUAGCCAAGCACCAAGUAGAAGAUUUUUUUUUUUUUUAAUGGAAGGACAAACCCCAAGUCCCCACCCACCUGCUUUCCUUUCCUCAUUUUCAUUGCUUUCCUUCUGCCUAAAUAACACCUUGCUGAGAGGCAAAAAGACUUCAAUAUGUUGUUUUGGUGAAAUUCCAUUUAUCCAGCAUGCUCAAGGAGGGAGGCAGGCCAGUACUAAGUCAGUUGCCUGUACCUUCCACUUGAACCGGUUUCCUGUUUGUAAUGGUAAGAUUGCUCACUGUAUACCUUUUUUCUCGCAGUUUAUUCUUAAACUGAUUGUGUUGAAAA